CGUUCCUAAACCUCCAUUCAACUUCCAUCACACUUCUUGGAAAAAGUCCUGCAACGGCCCGGGAAGGUUGUGAGAGGAAAGACACAUUCCCCCCUUCCCGUGCCUCCUAAAAAAAAGUUGCUCUUCGGCUUUCACCCGCCUCCGGGUGACGACUCGGCACCCCGGUAAGCCUGGAAAAACUUCAACCCGCCUUCUCCUUCCUGCGGCACGGCCUCAGUCCCCGCUCUACCACCGGGCUCAGACUUUCCAGCGAAACCGUCAGGAGGCCCCGCGGUGUUCUCUCGCGCCGGGGCAGGAAGGAGCGGCGCGGCACGGAGCUCCCGGCGCGGCCGCCGCCCGCCGCGCAGUGACAUUUGAAAAAGACUGAAAUUCCACAAGAAACCAUCCUGGAAGAGUGAUUUAUGGGAUGACAGCGUAUUUGUAAUGAAAGAUAAGAGAGGGAGAGCUGCUACGGAUUUUGAUAUCAUUGUGGAAUAUUGCUGGAAAUGCAGUAGCCACCUUCCUCUAGGUCCUUUACAUCAAGGGAAGUUUCUGACUAAAUCUCAGGGCAGUGUCUUACAACAGCUCAAAAUUAGCCAUCAAGAUGUCCAAUCUGACAACAUUGUGCGGUUCUCAUUGAAAGCAAGGGAAGUUUCUACCACAUGUUUCUACAAGGUCUUGCAAAGUUUAUACUCUUUGUGGAGAAAGAAAAGCACUGUCCUCUGCUGUGAACAAGCAAGAAAAAAUAGUUUCAUUUUUCUGGAGAAGUGAGAAGUAACUUAAGAAAAUGACUCUGAUUUUUUUUUUGAUGUUUGUCAUUGAAGCUGCCACUGAGAAGCUGUGUCCCCUUCGUGCCUCCAUUGAUGUGCUAGAAGGGGAAUAUUUUUUCCUUUGUUAUCUUGAGUCAAUGCAAGAACAUUUUCAGGAAGAAGCAUACACAAUAAACUGGUACAAAGAAAUUGCUGGAAAGCAACAACUGAUAAAAGAAAGCCACAGAAUUGGUUCCCAAAUGAAUUUUCUGGAGUUUUGGCCAGCUGAACUCAGUGACUCUGGGAAUUACUCUGUCACUCACAGCAGUGACAAAAAUCUUACAAUUCAAAAGUGGACCUUGAAUGUACUUGAAAGAAAUAAAAGCAGCUGUUUCAACAAAAAUCAUUUAACUACAGAAAUUAAAACUGCUGGAACUGGUCAUUCACUGAAAUGCAGUGAUUUGUCUGUCAAUGAAAAUGACAGCAUAACGUGGUAUAAGGACUGUAAGAACUAUGAAAAUGAAACAGAGCGAGAACUGGAUUUUAAAGUCUUAACAUUACAACACUCUGGGAUAUAUACCUGUAAAAUUUUAAUCAAUCAUCAAGGAAAGAUUUACCAUAGCACAAAUACAAUUAAGCUGGUAGUAGAAGAAGAUGCACCAGAGGCUGUAACUUUGGAAAUAGUUGGACGUGAUGAAGAAAUUGAAACAGAAAUAGGUAAAGAAGAGAUACUCAACUGCACAGGGUUCUUGGGUUAUUAUAUGAGAGAAGAUGUCAGCCUCUACUGGUUAAUUAAUCAAACAUUUCCAGCAAAAUGCACAGGUAUCCUAGAGAAUGACCCUUCAAUAUGUGAAGAGGAGUUCAAUAAAUUACAGUUGGGAAACAAGUUCUAUGUCACCAGGCUACUACGGAUUAAAAAAGUAACAGAUGAGGACAUGCAUCAUAAUUUCACCUGCAUGUUGCAAGCUAAUGAAAGAACACAAAUAAAAGUAGUGAAACUGAAGAAUGGGAAUAUCCAAGAUCUGCCUGUGCACAUAUUUACGACUGGAAUGGUCCUUGCUGUACUAUUUCCAUGUGUUGCUGUAGCUGCAGUGUUUGUCUGUGUCAUGUUUAGAGUGGACUUAGCUCUGUAUUAUAGGAACAUAUGCAGAAGAGAUGACACUGCUGGAGAUGGAAAAGAAUAUGAUGCAUUUGUGUCUUAUCUAAAAGACUGCAUUUCUCCUACUGAAGAAGAGAGAGAAUUUGCUUUGAAGAUAUUACCCAUGAUAUUGGAAGAAAACUUUGGGUACAAGCUAUGUAUAUUUGAAAGGGAUGUAACCCCUGGAGGAGCCGUUGUUGAUGAUAUCCAUUCAUUCAUUGACAAAAGCCGAAGAUUAAUCAUUAUACUGAGCCAGAACUACGUUUCUGACAGAGCCAUAUAUGAACUUGAGAGUGGACUGCAUAAAGCCCUAGUUGAAGGAAAAACUAAGAUCAUAUUAAUUGAAUAUAUGCCUAUAAAUGACUAUGAUUUCUUGCCUGAAUCACUAUCUCUUUUGCCAUCAAAGAGAGUUGUGAAGUGGAAAAAGGAUAAAUCUCUUCCCACGAAUUCCAGAUUUUGGAAGAACCUUCGGUACCUGAUGCCAGCGAAACCUACCAAGAUAAACACCAAAGGGCACUAUUAUAAUCUUGGCCAAAGCUCAGAAGGGGCUCAACCACAAACUGAGGGCUGUGACUUUAAUACAAUUGUAUAACAAUUCUGGAGACAGAAGAUGCUGCAGGGAACUGCACAUUUUGCUAGCUAAUAGAAAACAAACUACACAUGUAUUUUGAGAAGAUAGUGUUCAAAAGAGGCCAAGUCUGAGAUCUGAGAAGAAGAAUGUGGAAAUUGUUAUAGUGGCUAGGAUGAUAUUAACCCCAAUAUUAAGUGCUAUCCCAGAGAGAGUUUCCUCAGGAAUCUGCACAAGAAGCAGAAAAUUAGUUCUGCUUAGGACUUGCCACAUGGCAUGAAGCAUAAUGCAAAACAUUUUUAUUUUACAAUUUCCAGUAAUGUAGAAUGAUGUAAGUUACAUUUUCGUACUUUUGAGACCCCUCAAUAUCAGUAUUUGAAAAGUAUUAUUAUUUAGGUGCUCUUGGUUUUGUAUUUUUUUAUUUCCUAAGAAUCUUGCUUGGGAGCAGAUUCAAGUGGCUUCUGCCCUAGAGAACUUGACAUGCAGGCUUUGCACAAUGUCAAGCACAAAAAUGAGGUGAAAACGGAGGUUAGAAAGAGUAGUGCAGGUUUGAUCAGGCUAACAGUAUUCAAUACUGAGUUCUUUGUGGUCCAGAGAAGCCAAGUGGGAGUGAUUUGGAGGAAUGGUAAAGACUGUUUCCAACCUCCUGUUUCACUGAGAAUUCUGUAAAUGCUUAUUCUGGCAGAGAGAAGAGUGGGGUGGGAUAGAGAUAGUAUUUUGUUCAUGGAUACUGCUGUCUACAUUAUACCCUAAGCAGCCUUCUGCUGAGAUGAUGUGAAAAUUAGGUCUUUGCUAUGUACAGAUGCUCCUAACCCUUUUGAAUACUGAUACGUAGUAUUAUCAUUUGAAAAACAGACUUAGUAAUGCCAUUCAAAACCAUGGUAAUGCUCCUUUAUUACUAGCUGCCUGGCAGAACAUAUCAAUCUGACAUAAAUUUCUCGACAAAAUUGAGCCAUAUUUCCUCUUAGUACCCAUGGGGAGAAAUCAAUGGAGAAUCUAUUUGGUCUUCUCUCAGUUUGCUAGGAGACCAUCAAAACUCAGCCCAUUCUCAGCAUUGUCUUGCAUUCAACUAAUACUAGUUCUGAAGAGUCAUCUCUUUGACACUGACAAUUCAUGCAACUGUAGCAGAGGAACUCUGUUACCUUCCCAGUGCACUUGAGAACAUAAAUGGAGUGCUGGGUGCCCUGGCAAUGUCCCAAGAUUCAUUGUAAUGAAAUACUUUGCCAAAUGUCUUGUAAUCAAGCAUAGUUGGGACAUAGAUGUUCAGGUAAAAGUAUAGGCUAAAUGUGGAUUUACAGAAUGGAAACAACAUGGUUGCCAGGUUUGCAGAUGAAAAGGGAUAAGGCACACAUCUGUGCUGUCAUAGAAUCAGAAUUGUUUCAGCUGGAAGAGACCUUUAAGAUAAUCGAGUCCAGCCUUUGUCCCAACCCUAACAACUACUAGACUAUUUCUCUCAGUACAACAUCCCUCCGUCUCUUAAACACUUCCAGGGAUGGGAACUACCUCCCUGGGUAACUGUUCCAAUGCCUGACAACCCUUUCAGUAAAGAAGUUCCUCCUGAUAUCCAGCCUGAACCUCCACUGAUGCAACUUGAGGCUAUUUCCUCUUGUUCUAUUGCUUGUUACUAGGGAGAACAGAUCGACCCCUGCCUUGCUACAAGUUCCUUUCAGGUAAUUGUAGAAAGCAAUAAGGUCUCCCCUGAGCCUUCUUUUCUCCGAUUCCUCAGCCUUUCCUCAUGAGACAUGCUCCAACUCCUUUACUAGCUUGGUAGCUCACCUCUGCAUUCUCUCCAGAACCUCAAUGUCCUUCUUGUAGCGAGAGGCUCUCUUUCUGUCAGCAAGGUGAAUAGCUAUUGAAAAAUUAUACUGAAUCAGAAGCCAUUCUCUGGCUUAAGCUUUUACUGAAGAGGAUUUCUGCUCUGUGGAUACAUAUGUCUUGGCAUUUCCAAAUCCUUCAAAGGACUCAGUUCUUCUCAACCAGUGUUUCCUGUGAUUAUAAUAUAAUUUGAUAAUGUGAUGUAACAUUCUCCCGAAGGACUUAACAAUUGCUCCUACUUCAAAAGUGCCAUUGGAUAUACUGGGCAUAUCCAUUGCUUGGCCAAACACUUGACAAAAAAGUCAUUAACUUUCCUGGUACUUAACUGAGUUGUUAAACUUGCUCCUUAUCCACUGCUUCUCUCGUGCACAUGUCAACAUGUUGCCUAAAAACACAAAGAAGUCAAAUGUGUUGUACUACACGUGUGAAUAUUGAUAGUGCAUGUGAUUUAUUAAAAGCUCUGGUCUGAGCCUACCCUCCAUGAGAGUCAGAUAGUAUAAACUGAGAUUGAAUUUGGCAUGAACGACCCUCACCUCAGCUUGGAGAGAUAUAUGAGUGCAUAUACCUGCUGUAUCUUCUGAAGCUGUACCCUGAGGAUUGCAAAACCAUACAGAAUUUCACUGUGCUGAGAUUUUACAGAAGAACAGAGGACUACACAUAAGGAAGACUGAAAGUGAAAUGGCAUUAACUCUGAAGUUGUUGAAAUGCCAGUGAAGCAGGCAAUCAGAUGUAAUACAGUGAAGUACUCAGUAGCUGUAAAAGGGCAAAUAUUUGUGCACAGGAUGGUAUUGUGGCACAGUCAUUUAAUCUGUAUACCUAAUCCUCACUGCCUAUGCAGUGAUAAAGGGAGACAAGGGAAAUUAAGGACAUGCAUACUCAUAUUAACACCAGAUGUUGUUAUUAUUGCUCUUAUACCCUGAAUUCCUGACUUUAUUCUGGACUUGGAAGUUCCUGUUUUCUGUUUACCAGUCCCUAAAGAGAAAAGGAGCUGCUAAUAUGACUUAUGGACUGUAGUUGUGUUGAUUUGUCUGAUCAUAUAAGUGUCAGUUUAUAAGUGAAAUAACACAAAAGUCAGUUUGAGGUAAUGGAUUGU